AUGGUAGACCGCAUACCGACCAGGAGUCAGCAUGCCGCGGCAGGGCUCCUCGCUCUGCUUCGGCUCCAUUCCGGCAGCUCAAUACGGCCAAGCGUGCCCUUUGCCUCGACAAGCUACCACACCCUGUCAUCUACGGCAAGCUCCUCGACUCGGCCUAGACCAGCACAAUCCCAUGCUCAGCUCAACCACACACGCUCUAUCUCAUCUACUUCAACCGCCUCGGUGAGCGCGCAUCGCAAGCAAGCCGGUCGCGAAAAGGCCCGUCUGCGCAACGCCCGGACAGAAGAACGAGUGCUUCGGGCUCGACAAAAGGACUUUCCUCCCUCUCGCUCUCCGCAGGAGCGCCGUCGGCCACGGGAUCCCAUAGAGGAAGAUGUAGAGAGUAGCAUUCGGGAGUACAUGGCUCGGACGGGUCCACGGGGCGAGCGACUCACACGUUCACAGCAGGAACGGCUGCUCAAACAGGAGCUCAGAGGGCUCAGCACCCAGCUCGAGACGCUUGAGAAGAAGGCUAAGGCAGAUGAGGCAACGGCUGAUCUGCCAGAGCUAGACGACAAUGUGCUGGAAGAGCUGUACCAGGCACUGAUGCUACCCCCACCGCCGACGGCGGAGGAGAGCAGAUUGGCGAGGCUGGAGGAAGCAAGGAGGGAGAAGAGUAUCGAGGAUGGGAGAGGGAGAAGAUUGUUACCCAUGACGAGAGGCGAGGAGAGAAAGGCGAGGACGGCGACGGAUCUCAAGCAGAGGCUGAAGGAUGCGAGAGACAAGGGAAGAGUCUUGUUGCCGCCAUCGACAGCAGCUGCGUCGCGAGGCGAACAGGUGGCAAUAGAGGAGACGAUACAGGAAGAAACAGGGGUUGUCGUGGACGAGGCGGAAAUGGCAGCCUUGCCAUAUGCAGAGCGACAGGAGAUCCGGCUGCAACAGCUGUUCGCGAGACUUGCGCUCGUACACACCACCUCGGAUGCUUGGGCAAGCUCAAGCGAGACCGGCACAGAUUCGUUGCAGGAGAUCAAGUCGAAUCUCGCCAACCGCAUCGCCAAGAUUCUCAAAGAGCACGACUACGAGCUGCAAACCUCGGUGCAGCAGGGGACUCCCAACGAGGCAUCCCCGGCAGAACUUACCUCCAACGAUGCGGCAGCUCUCGGUCCCUUUCCGACUGCCCGUUUGGACGGCAGAGCGCCCACCCUCGAACCUACCGAGAGCAUCGAUACUAAGCAAGCCGAGGACAUCUCCAGCACCGAUUCCAGCGACGAACUCAUCACGCGCGCAGAGACGAUGGUCAACGACCUCUCCUCCUCGGAAUCACGCAGCUUCAUGCUCGACUCCAUCUCCAAGCUCGUUCGCUCCAGCUCGCCCUCAAGCCCCUCGUCUUCGCGCAUUCCUCUUGGCGUUGCCUCAAUCGAAGAAUGGACAGCGCUCGCCGUUGCCUCUGCCCGAGCUAACGACACGUCCACGCUCAGCCGCACCCUCGGCCUCAUGCAAGAUUGCGGAUACCCUCCGUCACUGUCGCUGUACAACAACGUCCUCGAUGCGUUUGCCACACAGGGCCAGCUGGAAGCAUGUCAGACGUGGCUCGAACAGAUGCACACCCUCGGGCUGGUCCCGGACGACCAUACGUACCACUCACUCGUCAAAGCCUACGCUACGUCCUCGCAGUACCUUCCCGCCAUCACGCUGCUCAACACCCUGGAGGAGGCAGGUCGUCCAGCAUCAAUGGCGACCUACACGCUGCUGAUCAGCCGCCUGCUCUCCACGCCAACGCCGUCCACCCAAGCGGUCGGAUGGAACGCGUUCUACCACAUGCGUCUCUCGGCGCAUCCGAUCCCCGACGCGCCACUGUACGCGCUCAUGAUCCGCGCGUGCGCCCGGGGGGUUCCUCAACCGCACGACCUCGGCAGACUCGGGGUAAGCGAAGCAGAACGAGCCCUCGACCUGUUCCGCGAGAUGACGACGCGUUAUUCCGUCCGCCCCAACGCCGAGGUGUACAACGCGCUGAUCCUCGCCUGCGCCCGUCGGAAAGAUUUUUAUCUCGAAGCUUUUAGGCUAUUGCGCGAGAUGGUGGAGCUGGAAACCACCCGGUCGGAAGGAGAGGGGUUGAGAUUUGCGCCGGAUCGAUGGACGUUCAAUGUGCUGCUCCAGGGAUGUGCGCGGAACCGGGAUUUGCCCCGCGCCAGGUGGGUGUUGGCCGAGAUGGUGCGCUGUACUGCUCCAUUGUUCGAGCAAGGCGUGAGGGAGAAAUUGGGCAGAGAGGAGGUGAGGGAGAUGUGGGGGAAGAGGCCGGACGAGGAGAGUCUGUGUCAUGUUUUCCAUGCGUAUGCGAGUUAUGUGCCGCCUGUGCGGCGGUUGGUGACGGUGGGGAGUGGGUCACCAGAGACGACAGAGGGAACUGACUCCACCGCUACUACUGGCGACAACGAUCCCUCCACAAGCAGCUCCACAACACCGUCCAGCGAGAUCGUCGCCACUGCCACUGCGAAGAGCCUCGAACUUAUACUUUCAGACCCGGCGGACGCCGAGGAGGAAACAACACCAGGAGAAGCAGCCCAGAUCUUCUCAGCGCUGGUCCCGCAGACUUCGUCCGACCUGCUGGCCGAGACACGCUCGCUGUUCGCACGCGUGCUCGCUGACCAGCCGUCGGGGCACACCGAGGGGCCGUUGGGCGCGGUCACAGCUGGUGUUCGGCUGGUGAAUGCUUAUCUCGCUGUGCUGGGUGCGCACCUGCCCGUCGGGAUGCGGGGCGAGCUGUUGCGCUCGACGCUGCUCCCCCUCGACGGUCAAAGUGAAGGUUUGGAGCGUGGGUUGUUCGCACGUCUCGGUGCGACGCCGAACGAGCACUCCUACCGGGUAAUCCUGGAGGCUUUGCGCGAGGCGGACGGGUCCACCCUACCCAUCGUCGAAGACGUGUGGGUGCGCUUUCAAACCUACCUCGGCUCUCACACCGCAGCCACUGGUGACACCGAACUCACCACCACUCUAGCGCAAGAUCCGGAUGCAGGUCAAAUCACCAAAUGCUACAGCGCGUACAUUCAUUUCCACGCUAAGCACGCUUCGCUCGACCAAGCCAUCGGUGCGCUGCGCCAUUUCGUUAGCCUCUACCCACCUACCCUGCCGACGACGAGGACCGCCAGCGCCCGACGACACGCCCGUCAGCGAAAGGACAGGGCGACCGAUGCGAUGCUCGAAGGGGUGGACGUGGAUUUGUCCCCCCUACCGGUGGCCAAGGAGUCCUUGGUGGGAUUGGUGGAGAUGGCCUCCCCCUCGACUUCCGCUUCCUCAGGGAUCGGAGAGGACCAGACGGAAAAGGUGGGCGCGAUGAAGCCAUCACCCACACUCACCUUCCUAGAUGUCGAGCUGCUCCACCACCGCCUGGUGAGGUUUGGCCGCAUCAAGGAUGUCGGCUUCGUCAGUUGGGUGCUGCAUCGCUAUGCUGCUGCGCGCAGGGGCUAG